AUGGAAAGGAAGCCCAUGUUCGGUGGCCCCCAACAACCUGCGUUUGUAGAAACCAUCAAAAGUACUCAUAAUGUUACCUAUGUCCUGACCUCAACGGCGGGGACCCGACUUGUGUCUCCUUUAUUCCUCUCACCAUUGAUCCUCGCCGAAACAACUCCCCAGCAGGUAACGAAAAUUCUGUUCAAGAACGGAACUAGCCCCGCCCUUGCCACUGGUGUGCAAUUCGGAAGAAACGAUGGGUCGAGGUAUACCGUUUAUGCUAAAAAGGAAGUGAUCUUGGCCGCUGGUGCUUUCAUGGUGAGGAUUAAUAUUGAGACCGGUUUAUUACUUCUAUCCAAUGUCAAUGCAUUUCCAGGUCUGAGCCAAGUCUUCGGGUCGCAAAGUGAAAACGUUGUUUCACAGAUCUAUGCAAAUAUUGCGACAUGGGCCCAGUCUCAAGCCGAUAGUGGAGGUGCAACAGCCCUCGAGAAGGUGUUCCGAAUCCAGGCUGACUUGAUUACAAAGAAAAAUGUUCCAACCACCGAAAUCUCGUUCAAGACGGGCAGUGUAGAUGACCUCGGAAUCAACAUGUGGACAUUAUUACCAUUUUCUCGUGUCUACAGACCCGUUCGCCAAACCGAGAAUCACCAUAAACUAUUUUCGGUUGAUUUUGACCUUCAAUGUCAAAUUGCAGGUGCUCGUAUGGCUCGCAAGAUUCUGGGCGGAUCACCUAUGAGCUCCAUAUCCGUAGGCGAAACGAUUCCUGGGAAUGUCAGUGUACCUGACGAUGGCUCUGGGGGAUCUGACGCCGACUGGGCCAAGUGGAUUAAAGCUAAUUUUGGUAGCGUCGCUCACCCGGUCGGCACAUGCGCAAUGAUGUCUCGUGACCUGGGCGGAUGUGUCGACGGCAGAUUGAUAGUAUACGGAACUAAGAACGUGCGGGUAGUAGAUGCGAGCGCGAUGCCGACACAAGUUAGCGCGCACCUGUCCAGUACAUUGUAUGCAUUUGCUGAAAAGGCAGCUGAUCUCAUAAAGGGUUGA